GCGGGACGGCGGCGGGGCAGAGCGGCGUCGGCGGCGUGGUGGAAGGGAGCGCGGCUAGCGCGGCGCGGCCCGGCGGCGUGCUGCUGAGGGGCCUAAACCAGUACCAGUCCGCGGUGCGCUGUGGAGAAGCGAGCAGGCGAGCGACCCGCCGCGACCCGUCCUGAGCCCCCCGUCCCCCCCGACCCGACCAGUCCCGUCUAUCGACGUUUCAUUCCUCUGCUCUGCUGCGCGGCGGCAGUGUUCGGUGAAUGAACUCGGCCCUCGAAGCUGAAACCGCGAAAGAAGGCGACCCGCGCAACCCUUUGGGCUCGUGUGUCGACGGGUCCCUGACGGGUCCGGUGUUGGCUUGCCGCCGGCGUGUGUCGCGCAGAGCGUGCAGAGCGAGCGUGCUUUAGCGCCUCGCCCACAGCUGCACCCCAAGUGAGGUUAUGUUGACCGAGUCCGGUUCGGGCUCGCCCCCGUGUUUGUGCUGCUGCUGAGCCGAGCCGAGCGGUGAAGAUGGCGUUCCUCGGGAUCGAGUGGGCGCCGCUCAACAUCCCGCUGCGGCGGCGCCUCCAGACGUUGGCCGUGGCCGCCUGGUUCGUCGCGCUGGUGUUCGGGCCGCUCAUCGGGGCCUUCAUCACCGUCUACACCAUCCUCUACACCCGCUUCUGGUGGCUCACCAUCGCCUACGUGGUGUACGUCUACUAUGACGACGCCUGCCUCACCGGAACUCGUUGGUGCGACUGGUGGCGGAGCAUCGCCUGGUGGCGCUACUACGCGGCCUACUUCCCGCACUCGCUGGUGAACACGGCCCCCCCGCUGGACCCCAAGCGCAACUACCUGUUCUGCAUCUACCCGCACGGCGUCCUGUCCACCGGCGUCUUUUCGGCCUUCUGCACCAACGCCCUGGACGUGGACAAGGUGUACCCGGACCACAAGAUGCACCUCCUCAGCCUUCACCAGCACUUCUACUCCCCCUUCUCGAGGGAGGUGGGCAUCAGCCUGGGCGCGCUGUCCGCUGCCCCGGAGGCCAUCAGCAACCACCUGAGCAUCCCGACGGGCGGCCACAUCAUCGGGCUGGUGGUGGGCGGCGCCGCCGAGGCGCUGCUCUCGCGCCCCGACAUGUACCGCAUCCUCAUCAAGAAGAGGAAGGGCUUCUGCAAGAUGGCGCUCAGACACGGGUCCCCGCUGGUGCCGGUCUUCUCCUUCGGCGAGCACGUGGUCUAUGAGCAGGUGCAAGGCGAGACCGACUCCAAGUUCUACCGCUUCCAGGAGAUGCUCCGGAAGCACAUCGGCAUGGCGCCCGUCAUCAUUCGCGGCCGCGGCAUGUUCCAGUACACCUUCGGCCUGCUGCCUCACCGCAAACCCGUCACCGUUGUCGUGGGGAAGCCCAUCGAUGUCCAGGCCGUGCCCAACCCGACUUCAGAGCAGAUCGAGGAGUUGCACGCCCGCUUCUGCGUCGCGUUGAGGGCGCUGUAUGACGAGCACAAGCACAAGUACAACGGCGGAGUCGACAUUCCCCUCGUGUUCGAGUGAAGCGGCCCACCAAAGAUACGUAAAUUAAUUUUGCUCAAAACCAUACACGAGUGAUAUCAGAGAAGAACGCAACACCCUCUGCCAUUUGCUGCGUACUUCAGUUCUAGAGUAACCAUUACUGUGUCCAUUCCUACGUAUUAUUAAGACUCUACAACUGCUGCAAGAAAGCAGCAUGAAAUGGUUGUGAUGAGACUACGGUGUGAUAAAUUUAAUUUAAGAGCAGUACCAGAAGCCACGAACUCCAACUUGGUGCAAGUGGUUUUAGAUGUAUUAGCAAUAAGUAUUAAGGUUUAGUGAUUCGUUGUGAAAAAAAUAGACUGCUGGAUAUGGUUUCCCCUUUUUUAUGUACUUUAUUGUUGAUCUGUUUUGUUUGGUGUUCUAUUUAUACUAGCUCAACUUAUUAAAAAAAAGUAUUUUCCCAA